CAGCCUCCGGCUUCUUCCCGUUUCCUGAACGUUACAGUUGCAAUCAUGGCCCCGAUAAAGAAGCAGGUGGUGUUCAGGAAACCAGGUGGGAAAAGGAAGAAGCAGGUGCUGAAGUUCACCCUGGACUGCACUCACCCUGUUGAGGAUGGCAUCAUGGAUGCUGCUAACUUUGAGCAGUUCCUGCAGGAACGCAUCAAGGUGAACGGCAAAGCCGGAAACCUCGGAGGCGGUGUGGUGUCCAUUGAAAGGAGCAAGAGUAAAAUUGCUGUGAACUCGGAGGUUCCUUUCUCAAAGAGGUACUUGAAGUAUCUCACCAAGAAGUAUCUGAAAAAGAACAACCUCAGGGACUGGCUGCGCGUUGUAGCCAACACCAAGGAGAGCUACGAGCUGCGCUACUUCCAGAUUAAUCAGGAUGAGGAGGAGGAGGAUGAGGAUGAAGAUUAAAGCUUGCACCACUCUUAAAAAAAAAA